UUCUGUAUUUGAACAUUCAGGCAGCGUGCCCCGCCAGACAUCGCUGCGUUCCCGUCCGGCCCCUCGGGAGAUCCUGCCCUGUUGCUAAUUGUGGAGAGCUGUCCAGAGUCCUCCUGCACGUGAUCCUGCUGUGCCCCAUCCUGCUGUGCUCCUGAGGUGUGCCAUCCCUGCUCUGAUGACAGCUCCCACCAGGAUGCUGAGCAGCAGCCGCCGGCAGGGAGGGAGGCCAGUGGUGGGCACGGAACUGUAAAGUCACAGCCAAGAGUUCUGAGAGCACGAGUGAAGAGUCUGAGCUGACCCAAAAGCUGUCUCCAGGGGGGACCAAGCUCCAGCUGGAUGUCCUGGGAAGCUCUGCAAGCUGGAGUUCAAGGGGAUGCUGAUUGAGGGACCAAAAAUGUGAGCAGCUUGGGGACAGCAGCUGCUCCUGCCAGGCUUGGUGUGCUCCCAGUGCUCGGUGCAGGGACCUUCUAGCAUGCUCCUCCAGCCAGGCCUCUCAGUGGGUGCCAGCAGCAGGACACCAGGCUGACCCUCCAGCGACCAGCACUGCCCCUGCCAAGCAGGAAUCGUGUUGGUGCUUCUGGAGCAGCUGGUCCAGAGGUCUGCUCUUGGAAAGAACCGACCCUCCUUUGUCCAGCGUGCUGGGAUCUGUGCAGCAGCCCAUGCCGCAGCGCCUCGCCCGUCCCACGCGAGCUGCCCAUGCCGCUGGCUGCCAGCUAACCUAGGCUCAAUCUCGGCGUGGCGGGCAGGGGCAGCCAUGGGGAGCUCUGCCUCAUCGCUGGCCGCAGAGACGGAGUCGGACCAUGGCUUCAGUAGCUCGCCCUACGCGGGGCACCCGGCCGUGGGCUGGUAUAGGAGCAGCCCCGGCGGCCCCGUGUGGGAAAGUGCCCUUAUAACGCGGCAGCAGCAGCACUUCCAGCACCGGCUGCGCAGCCACUCCCACUCUCCUGGCUCCAUGGCUGCCGUGCGCGAGUGGUCCUGCACGCGCUGCACCUUCCUGAACCCCGUGGGCCAGCGGCAGUGCUCCAUCUGCGAGGCCCCCCGCCAGAAGCCCGACCUCAACCACAUCCUGCGGCUCAGCGUGGAGGAGCAGAAGUGGGCCUGUGCCCGCUGCACCUUCAGGAACUUUCUGGGCAAGGAGACCUGUGAGGUGUGUGGCUUCACCCCCGAGCCGGGACCCGGUGGCUCCCCCUUGCCCAUCAUCAAUGGCAUCUUGCCCAAGCCUGCCGUGCUGAUGGAGCCCAAGGGCACGUCCAAGGAGGAAGCUGCCAAGGCAGAAAGCAGCAGCGAGGACUCAGAGGGGAAGAGCCCCGAUGAAGCAGAGCUGGAGAGCGGCUGGGCCUGCCAGCGCUGCACCCUGCACAACACGCCCGUGGCCAACUCCUGCUCUGCCUGUGGUGGCCCACGCAAGCUCUCCCUGCCCAAAAUCCCACCAGAGGCGCUGGUCGUCCCUGAAGUCAUCACCCCGGCCGGGUUCCACAUGGCCCCCUCCACCCCGCAGCCUUCAGUCUCCGCAGAGAUCUCUGAUGGCGAUGCCGUGGCCACCCCGGGCCCCGUGGCUAUGGAACAAGAGGUGCAGAAGAUCCCAGCCUUCAGCCCCUUCUCCCCGGGGCUCCAGAACAACCCCGUGCCCCGAAGCCGGCGGGAGGUGCCCCCACAGCUGCAGAUGCCGGGCCCCGAGGGCUCCCAGCCCGCGGCCACGGGUGCCGUGGGACAGAAGGGCUCUCCCCAAGGUCAGGCCAGGGCCGCCCCUGCCGCACGCUUCCCGGACCUGCUGUCCAACAAACGGCUGAGCGUGCUGGAGGAGGAGAUGGAGGUCAGUCCAUCCCACUGGAAGUGCAGCUCCUGCUCCCUGCUCAACUCCGCCGGCGCCAGCAAGUGCGAGGUUUGCAGCACCCAAAAAGGCAGCGACACCAUCAACCUGGUGGGGGACUCGGUGAGGUUCACCCCGUGCAGCCCCUCCAGCCCCGACUUCACCACCUGGUCGUGCUCCAAGUGCACCCUCAAGAACCCCACGCAGGCCCAGAAGUGCAAGGUGUGCGGCUCCUCCAAGCUGCAUGGCUUCCAGGAGCACGGCGGGGAGCCGGGGCCGCGCUGCCCCGACUGCGGCGCCUGCGACAGGGACAGGGACAGGGACAGGCCCGGCUGCUCGUGCAGCGCCAAGGCGCCCUCGGCGCGCAAGGUGGCCCGGCUGUUCCCGGCCCCGGCGGCUGCGGCGCAGGACAGGCCGGGCCAGUGGGCCUGCCCCGCCUGCACCCUGCUCAACGAGGGCAAGGCCAAGCACUGCGGCGCCUGCCACACCCCCCAGCAGUACGUGGCACAGCACAAGGGCCUCAAGCCCCUCAAGAGGAGGGAGAGCAUGCACGUGGAGAAGAGGAGGCAAACGGAUGAGGGCGAGGCCAAAGCCCUGUGGGAAAACAUCGUGACCUUCUGCCGGGAGAACAAAGUCAAUUUUGUGGACGACAGUUUCCCCCCGCCCAGAGGAAGCAGCUGUGGGUGGCCCUCAUAGAGAAGGCUCUGGCCAAGCUGCACGGUUCGUACUUCGCGCUGCAGGCCGGGCGCGCCAUCGAGGGGCUGGCCACGCUCACCGGGGCGCCCUGCGAGAGCCUCAUGCUGCAGGUCAGCUCCACCAACCCCCGCGAGGAGCCCAUCGACACCGACCUCAUCUGGGCCAAGAUGCUCAGCUCCAAGGAGGCUGGGUUCCUGAUGGGCGCGUCCUGCGGCGGGGGCAACAUGAAGGUGGAUGAUGUGGCCUACGAGAGCAUGGGGCUCCGGCCCCGGCACGCCUAUUCCAUCCUGGACGUGAGGGAUGUCCAGGGCUUCAGGUUGCUGCGCCUGCGGAACCCCUGGGGCCGCUUCUCCUGGAACGGCAGCUGGCCCCUGCGCCACGACCUGAUGCCCCAUGGCAGCAGCGAGGGCGUCUUCUGGAUGGAGUACAGCGACUUCAUCAAGUAUUUUGACUCCGUGGAUAUCUGCAAGCUCCAUUCAGACUGGCACGAGGUGCGUGUGCAGGGCAUGUUCCCCAACAAGGCCAACGGGCCGGUGACGGUGACGUCGCUGACGGUGCUGGAGCGCGCAGCUCUGGAGUUUGCCCUCUUCCAGGAGGGCAGCAGGAGGUCAGACACAGUGGACAGCCACUUGCUGGACUUGUGCAUCAUGGUUUUCCGGGCCACCUUCACCAGUGGGAACAAGCUGAGCCUGGGCAGGCUGAUGGCCCACAGCAAACGAGCCGUCAAGAAAUUCGUCAACUGCGACGUGAUGCUGGAGCCGGGCGAGUACGCCGUGGUGUGCUGUGCCUUCAACCACUGGAGCGCUGCCCUGGCCGGCCCUGCUGCCCAGGCUUCCAGUCCCACCAGCAGCCGACCAGCCACUGAUUAUUCCAGCUACAUCCUGGCUAUCUACAGCUCCCGCCUGGUGAUGGUGGAGCAGGUGGACGCACAGCCCACCACGCUGGCAGAUGCCAUCAUCCUGCUGACCGAGAACAAGGGCGAGCGCCACGAGGGCCGUGAGGGGAUGACCUGCUACUACCUGACCCACGGCUGGGCAGGGCUCAUCGUGGUGGUGGAGAACCGACACCCCAAGUCCUACCUGCACGUGCAGUGCGACUGCACCGACAGCUUCAACGUGGUGUCCACGCGCGGCAGCCUCAAGACACAGGACAGCGUCCCACCCCUGCACAGGCAGGUGUUGGUGAUCCUGUCCCAGCUGGAGGGUAACGCUGGUUUCUCCAUCACGCACCGCCUGGCGCACCGCAAGGCCACCCAGGCCUUCCUCAAUGACUGGAUGCUGACGAAGGGCACCCACAACCCGCUGCUCACGCCCGAGGUCGCUGGGCUGCACGGGCCCCGGCCCCUAUGACGAAGAGCCUCCCCCUCCCCUCCCCACCACCCUGUUCCUGUCACCGAGCCGCUGGCCCGGGGUGCCCCCCUGAGCCACCAGUGCUGAGCUGUGGGGCACAGCUGGAGUGGCACCCCCAGCGCUUUGCCCCACGCCACGGGGCGGGGGUGAGUGCUCAGGGCCAGCACCAGCCCUGGCAUGGCUGCCCUGGCACGGCCGCCCUGGCACCACCGCCCUGGCACCGCUGCCCCCAGGCACUUUAGGAGGAGCAGCUGGGGGCACGGGGCCAUCUCAGGAUCCCACCUGCCCCGUUCCUGCGCUGUGCCCGGUGCCCUCUGCCCGCCCUGGGGACUGUGGGACAGGGAGGGGCUGGAGGUUGCUGUCAAGACCCUUCCCAGGCACCACGCUCAGGACUCUGCCCCUUCCCGUGGCACCAGGGCACUGGCGCUGCAAAAAGAAGAAUAUACCUCUGAUGUCUGUCCGUCUGUGUGACCCUCCGUCUGUCCCUGGGCCCUUCCCUCUGUCUUGUUGCCCCCUUUGUCUGCUGUCGGGACCAGCGUGGUGCUGAGGCUGGGCUGGGGGGUGCCAGGGUCACGCUGCCAUGGUGCCACCCCUGCCAGGGACCCCCACCCAUCCUGGGUGCUGGGGCUGGUGGGGAGAGGGCACAGAAAGCUGCUGCUGAGGGGGCUGUGCUGUAACUGGGGUGAAACUCAGAGGUUUCACCACCUCCUGCUCGGCUCCGGGUGGGGAGCAGGGCCCCGGGGUGCUGCAGGCGGGGGCUGUGGCCCGGGGCCCUGUCCCUGUCACACAAGUGUUACUAUGCAAAGGCAGCCGUGGGAGCAGUGCCUGGAGAGAAGCCAUGGCCCGAGCUGGGCUCAGCCCCUGGCACUGCCCCCUGUGCCCCCUCCGUGCCCCGUGGAGGGAGGCUGGGCAGCAGGUACCGACCCAGAGUUACCACGAGCCCAUGUGCUGGGGAGGGGGUGGCUUUGGGGGGGAACAGAGAGCCCCCUCCUCCAGAGCCCGAGUGCUGUGGGAGGCAGUGAGCACAAGGCAAAGGCUGCACCUUGGGGUGCUGCUGGCCCUGUGGGUGCUCUGAGGUGGGGGCUGAUCCUGGGGGGAUCCCACGUUUUCAGGGCUUCGUGGCUCUCUGACUUGACAUGUGUGUGUGUGUUUAUCUCUGUGUGUGUGUGUGUGUGUGUGUGUGGUUUGGGGGUUCCCCUCUGUCUCCUCCCUGAGCUGUGUGGAUUUACAGCUGAGGGGGGCUGAUGGGCAAUGCUGGACCCUGUUCUGGCAGGGGCCGUGCUGGGGGAUCUGCACCCCAAACCCUGCACCAGCAGCUGGGCUGGGCGGGGGGUGCAGAGUGUGCCCCUCUGUGUCCCCUGGGGAUUGGGGGUGGCAGGGGGGUGGGCUGCCCUGGCACCUCCCAGCCCCCCCAGCUGGGGCUGCUGAGCCAAGCUCUGUCUGUAUUUCUGUUUGUUGAUCUGUUUUCUCUCUUUCCAGCUCCUUCUUCCUUGGGAUGAUUUGUCCUUCACUUUUUUUUCUCCUCUCUCUUUAUGUCUUUCUGAGCUGUGAAUAUUUUUAACCCUGUAAAUACUGUCCAGCUCUUCAAAAUCAUAGGAUAUUUUAUCAAUUGUAAAUCAGAUCAGUAAUCCCUGUAUGAUAUGAAUUAUCCAUGGGUGGUUUUCAAACUCAGGUUCUGAUGGACCAAAUAAAGUUUUGUUUUUUACUGAA